AUGAAGUCGACAGAGAUGGAACGGCCAUCAACAGAAGACCCACCGGUCACCAACACAGCAACUCCCGCAGUCGCGGCCGCCGCCGUCACAGAUAGAAUAGAUACAGCAGCCCCGCUGGUUACAGAACAGCCUGGUGGUGGUAGUACCGAAACAUCUACUACCACUGGGACCAGCUCGGGCACCACAACGACGACGACGGGCACAACAGACGAUACAGAUAGGACUACGGGGGAAUCCAACACAGAAGAUAGCGUACAGAACGAGACGUUACGACCUGGAUCGGUGGUCAGAGCCCCAUCAGCGCCACACUCUACAGCUUCAAAGAAACGACGCCUAGCCUUACUUAAAGCAAAAGAGGAACUCCUGAAAAAAGAAGUCGAACUGGCAGCAGCACGCAUCGCUACGUUAGCCGAAGAAUCCGACGACGACACAGACAUAGAGAUAGCAAGUGUGAGCGACGUACGCACACGCACAAAGACGUGGGUGGACCAGCACUCAACGCUGGCCCCCCCGCUGCCCACCAACAUAGCACCCUUAACUAUAACGGGUGAAUACAGAACCACAGUAGAAGAAAAACCGUCGCAAACUCAACACAGUCACGCGACACCUAUAAACAAGGGGGCAAAACACAGCAUAGCGGCACCCACUACACAAGGUGGAUGCAUCUCAACUCCCGUCACGGCGGGAGAACAUGUGAUCGCCAAACAACCAUCGAUAGAAAUUACACAGUUAGCACAAGCGAUCACGUUAGCUGCGCGAUCAGCGUGUCCCACACCGCGCAGCACCUUCGAGCUUCCAACAUACAGUGGAUCUCACACAGAAUGGCUGUCUUUCUACGCAGCCUACACAGCGACAGCUCCAUCCUACUCCGACCAGGAGAACUUAGUACGCCUGCGGAAGAGCCUGAAGGGAAUGGCGAAAGAAACGGUUGAAAGUCUUCUCAUGUACAACGCGAACCCCACCGACGUAAUGAAGACACUACAGCUUCGAUUCGGCCGCCCCGACGCUAUAGCUCACACCGAGCUCGACCGCCUCCGAGCUCUACCGCGCCUCAGCGACUCAGCCAAAGAAGUAUGCGUAUUUGCGACGAGGGUAAACAACAUUGUGGCCACACUACGCGCCCUCCGAAAACAACAGUACCUGUAUAACCCCGAGAUAACUAAGCUCACUAUAGACAAACUGACACCGACAAUACGCUAUAGAUGGUACGACUUCGCGGCUGAGCAAUCAGAAGACGACGCCGACCUACUGAAACUCGCAAGGUUCCUCGAACGCGAGGCUGAACGCUGUGGACCGUACGCGCAACCAGAGCGCGACACAGCUUCAUCACAAACACAGCGGACAGCACCCGGCGCCGUCCAAAUUCGAAAACAGAUACAACAGCGUACUUACUCCACGACGGAAAAGGAUAAGACAGCGUGCCCCGUAUGCGACAAGACGGGACACACGGCGGUAAAAUGUCAACAAUUCACCGACGCGAACACAGACAAACGAUGGGAAAUGGCAAAAAACAAGUCACUAUGUUUUCGAUGCCUCACUCGACGCACUCUCAAACAUGAGUGCAAAGCCCGAACAUGCAACACCAACCAGUGCAACCGCACUCAUCACCCUAUGCUACAUUUCCUGAAAAGAGAGGUCCCCGAAGAGAAAACAGAAACAGUCAGCACGGCAUGGACGACGAGAAGAACUCACACCUUCUUAAAAAUCCUCCCUGUCAAAGUCUCCGGUCCACAAGGCGAUGUCGACACCUUCGCCUUACUCGACGACGGGUCCACAGUCACCCUAGUCGACGCCGACAUCACCAACCAAGUCGGCAUAAAGGGACCGAGCGACCCGCUACGCAUAGAAGCCCUCUCAACCGACAUAGGAGUCAGGAAAUCACAGCGUGUAACACUCACGCUACACGGGGCGACUAACACCUUCGACACGCAUGCCCGGACGAUAGAAAACCUACAGCUCUCACCGCAACGCAUCGAAAACGACGACCUCACCGAGUGCCACCACUUGUCCGACAUCGCUCUACAACUAGUCUACGAGGCGACACCGAAGAUACUAAUAGGACAGGACAACUGGGAGCUACUCCUCGCCACCGAAACAAGAAGAGGGGCGCGGCAUCAACCGGUCGCCUCCCUCACCCCUCUCGGCUGGGUGCUACACGGCGCACACACGCGCACUAUAGGACAUCGAAUCAACUACAUUACCGCACCCACACCCGAAGAUAGUAUGGACGAACAACUUCGUCAGUACUUCGCCAUCGAGUCUCUCGCUAUAGAACAGAAAAGGCCACAAAGCGACCCCGAACAGCGUGCGCUCAACAUACUCGCCGAACGCACUACACGUAGCGACGACGGUCGUUACAUAACGUCGCUACUGUGGCACACAGACAACGCGUCUAUGCCCGACAACUACAAUAACGCGUACAACCGCCUACUGUCUACAGAAAAAAAGAUAGAUAAAGAUCCACUACUUAAACAGAAAUACAACGAACAGAUGGAAGCGCUUAUAGAAAAGGGCUAUGCCGAGCCCGCUCCGAGUACCAAAACAGCCAAUAGAACUUGGUACUUACCUCAUUUCCCCGUUCUCAACGCAAUGAAACCGGGAAAAGUACGCGUCGUACACGAUGCCGCAGCUAAAACGCAAGGUGUAUCACUCAACGACUACCUGCUCACCGGUCCCGACUUACUACAGUCUCUACCGGGGGUACUCAUGCGCCUCCGCCAGCACAAGUACGCCGUGUCCGCCGACAUCAAGGAAAUGUUCAUGCAAGUCAAGAUACGUGAACAAGAUCGGGACGCCCUCCGCUACCUCUGGCGAGGCGACAAUAGAGGCGACACGACUCCCCGAGAGUAUCGCAUGACAUCACUCAUCUUCGGAGCAAAGUCAUCACCUGCGACAGCAAUCUACAUAAAGAAUAGCAACGCCGAGCGGUACAAAGUCACAGACCCGGACGCGUACGACGCAAUAGAACAGGCCGUAGCUACGUCGAACAGAGUACGCGAGAUACACAGCGAAGCACACUACGAGCUACGACAAUGGACCUCAAACUCGCAGGAGGUUCUCACAGCACUCUCGGAGCCAUCGACGACAACUCAGUCAGUCUCACUCGACGAAAACACGAAGACCGAACGGAUACUAGGUCUCAUCUGGAAGCCGUACAGCGACGAGUUAGCCUUCAACCUCGACCUAGCACGUCUGCCACAAGACGUGCUAAACAGAAAACAACCCACCAAGCGUGAGGCGCUCAAAAUAGUCAUGUCAUUGUUCGACCCUCUCGGUCUCGCUUCGCCUGUCACAUCUAAGGCGAAACAACUCCUUCAAGAAGUAUGGAGAAGAAACAUCGAAUGGGACCAGCCGAUCGACACUGACCUCGCCGCACAAUGGACGGAGUGGAUAGAACAUCUCAAGAAGCUAACCCACGUCGCGAUACCCAGAUGUCACUUACAUUACAGCGACGCUAGUAACAUGCAACUACAUGUUUUCGUCGACGCUAGUGAAACAGCCUUCGCCGCCGCGUUAUACUGGCGCAUACAGUCGCCGGAGGGACACGUGACUACAUCACUGGUCUUGGGGAAGGCCAAAGUCGCACCGCUCAAAGUCACGUCAAUCCCACGCCUCGAACUACAAGCGGCCGUCAUGGGCAGUCGUAUGGCCGCGACUGUAAUAGAAGAACACGAUCGAAAACCAUCGUCAGUCACGUAUUGGUCCGAUAGCCGCACAGUACUCACCUGGCUAAAAACGGGCGCUCGCUCGUACAAACCGUAUGUCGCACAUCGAAUCGCGGCAAUAGAGGAGGUCAGCAAGCUAAACGAGUGGCGUUGGGUUCCAACUAAACUCAACGUCGCCGACGACGCGACCCGCGAUGUACCAAGUGACUUCGAUGUACAACACAGAUGGUUCAGAGGCCCGGAAUUCUUACGUGACGACCCAACUACGUGGCCUGCGGAGAAGCCACCACAUAUAGAAAACACCGGCGAAGAGAGACUGCACUAUACAACACACAGAAGUGUCACCACAACGACACUAACAACAGCGCUCCCGGACAGUAAUAGAUUUUCGAAAUGGGAACGCCUACUGCGAGCCACCGCUCGCGUCCUUCAGUUUAUAGCUCUAUGCCGCCGCAGCGCUGACGAGAAAGUCAACUACAAACGUACGGCGAAAGUCAGAGAAACAGACAGCACAUGGGGGCGAAAAUAUAGAACCGCCACGCCCCGGCCUACACAACAGAAGAGGCCGUCCGAAUUCGCUCCGCCCCCCCGCCGCCGCGCCGCUACCUCGGCCCUCGCGUCCGCUCCCGCGCGACGCAAACAGAAUCGACGAAUUUUCUACGCGAUCUCCAACGGAAAAUAG